AUGCUAAUAGUGAAAUAGGAGAAAUAGGUUGCUAGGGUAUUGGUAAUGCACUAUCUAAUUUAGUUUUACUUGAGGAACUACAAAUUAUUAUUUAAAAAUGGAAUAAAAUUAAAUCUUAAGGAGCUAUUAAUAUAGGAAAGGGUAUUAGAAACUUAAAAAAGCUAUAAAAGCUUAAUAUUCAAUUUGGGGAUGACAAUUUUAUAAAUAUAGAAGGAAUAUAGGGAUUUUUUGAAGGAGUUUAAGAUUUAAAUGAAUUAAAAGAAUUGUAUUUUUAUUAUGGAAAAAAUAAUUUUAUUGGAGAAAAAGGAUUUUAACAAUUUGGAUUAGCUAUUUAAAACUUGCAAAAAUUACAAAAACUAUCAAUUCUAAUUGAUAAAAAUAAUAAAAUAAGUCCAAAUGGAAUGGUUUUUGUGUAGAAAGGAUUUUAGGCAUUGA